AUGCUUUCGUGGGAUCUUACUGUCUACAUUGUUUCCAUUUAUGGAAUUAUUCACUGCGUUCAAUCGCAGGUUGAAGACAAAAACUCAACAAAACCUCGUCUAUCAACAACAAUAAAUGAAGUUAAAGAGCAGUCUAUUGAACGAGUUUCAUCAACUAUACCAAGUUAUAUAAUUACCGAUUCUAUCGGCAAUAGAAGUCAGCAAAAUAUGAAUCAAAUUUAUUUGAAUGAAUCAUUAAAACAACGUAUUAUCAUAGCUCUUGCUGUUCUAUGUGCAGCUCUUGUUGUUUUACUUGGUUUUCUUUUUUUCAUUAUUGUUUGUCAAAGAAUACAACGAGAUAAAGACGAAGACGACUUACCAAAUGGACCCAAUCAAUCGCGAAUAAAUCUAGCUGGUUCCUCAAAUAAUUAUCAAAAUCAUUCCUAUCGGCAAACCAUGAAACUUUAG